CAACCACUCCGGGGGGGUGUUGCUGAGGUGGUGAGCCCCCACGCUUCAGCAAGAGAACAAAAAAAAAUGAAAAUAAAAUCGUCGUGUGGGUGGUGAGGCCCCCCCCGAUUAUUGGGGGGGGGGGGGUGUUUCUCUGUCCCUGGAGAUGUUCAGCUCUCGCCCCGACACGGCUCUGAGCAAAGCGAAGGUGUCGGCUCUGCCUUGAGCAUGGCGGGGGGGUGGUCUGGAGGUGCCCUCCGGGUCGAGUUAUUCCCAGAUUUCCCGCUGCUGUGAUAAAUCCACCCCUUAAUUGUCCCAAAUGCUCUUUCUGCGGGCAGUAGGCGAGGGGAUGGAGCGAUGGGAAGGCGAACCCCAAGCAAAGGAGGAGCCGGAGGCCCCGGGAGACCCUCGCAGAGCAGGACAUGGGACGGAGAGUGAGAAUGAGAAGAGCCUCCAGCAGGAACGUCCCGAAAUGAGCAGCUCAUCAUCCGUAAACUCAGAAGGAAAUUUUUCUGGGAGUUUUCAGCAGAGAAAAUUGGGUGUAAAUGCCCAUGGGCUGCAAGGAUACCCAGCAAAGGACGCGAGCACCUCUGUGCAUCAUGAAGGAAACUGCAAAGUCCUGAAGGAACCCACCGCCCCAUACAGAGCCGUCACCCGAGAAAAGAAAUAUAUAUGCACCGAGUGCGGGAAAAGGUUCAGGCAGAGCUCAAACCUCAUUGUGCACCGAAGGACACACACCGGAGAAAAGCCGUACAAAUGCUGCGGGUGCGAGAAGUUCUUCAGUGACAGAUCGAACCUUGCGAAGCAUCAGCGGCUGCACACCGAGAAAAAGCCCCUGAGGUGCCGCGAGUGCAAGAAAAACUCCGGGAACGACCUGGAUUUCCUCGAGCAUCAGCAAACGCAGGUGGGGGACAGAGCGUUUAGAUGCUGCCAGUGUGGGAAAAGGUUCGGGCAGGGCGGGAAGCUCGCUCUGCACCAGGAAUUGCACGCGAGGGAAAAAGUCUACAAGUGCCCCAGGUGCGAGAAACGGUUCAAAGACCCGUCCACGCUCAUCAGGCACGAGACGCUGCACACGGGCGAGAAGCCCUACAAGUGUCACGAGUGCGAGAAGAGAUUCACCCGCAAAUCGGACCUUACGGUCCAUCAGAGAAUCCACACUGGGGAGAAACCCUUCGCUUGCUCCGAGUGCGGGAAAACCUUCAACCAUCGGUCGAACCUUUUUACCCAUCAGAGGCGGCACACGGGCGAGAAGCCUUUCCCGUGCCAAGAGUGUGGGAAGAACUUUGGCCACAGGGCAGAUCUAGUUGUCCACCUAAGGACCCACAGCGGCGAAAAGCCCUACCACUGCUCCGAGUGCGGGAAAUACUUCAAGGGUCGUUCCACGCUCAUCAGACACGAGAGGUUGCACACGGGGGAGAGACCCUAUCAGUGUCCCGAGUGCGGGAAAAGCUUUGGGCUGAGCGGGGACCUUGUUGCCCACCAGCGUUUCCAUACAGGGGAAAAACCCUACAAGUGCCCCGAGUGCGGGAAGGUCUUCAGCAACAGCUCCAGCCUCAUUAGGCAUCAACGACAGCACGCGGGAGAGAAGCCCUACAAGUGCCACGAGUGCGGGAAGAGCUUCGGGCAGAGCACGGACCUCAUCGCGCACCAGCGAACCCACACCGGGGAGAAGCCCUACCUGUGCCUGGCAUGCGGGAAGAGGUUCGGUAGGAAAUCCAACCUUAUGGUGCACCAGCGAGUGCACAGCGCGGACGGGCUCCGCAAACGCCGGCAGCGUGGGAAAAGCUUCGCGGAGAACACGGCUCUUUCAGUCCGUCACGACAUCUUGAUGGAGGACAACGCUGCCCCAUGCUCAGCCCCGCUGAGCAUCAGCAGUGACACGGAGGAGAAAAAACAUUGAAUUCCUGGGGAAAAAAAAGAGACAGGAUGGAGAAAAAGCUCAAGGCCUUCCUCACUCUAGAAGAAAAAGCAAAGAAAACAGCCACUGGCGUAUGGAAAGUGCAGGAUCUUUGUGUUCCACAUUGGAGUCAGUGGGGGGCGGGAGGGGGAGGGAAAUACCUGUAUAUAUGUUUUAGAGUAAAA